GUGGGGUACGAAGAGGGAGCCUCAGUCCAGCCGUCGGGAAUGAGAUCGAAGAGCACACGGUUCUGGCUUAUAUUCCUGGCCAUCUGCGUCUCUGUCUUCUUGUCUGCCCUCGAAUUCACCUCCGUAUCCACAGCAUUGCCAACCAUUGCGCAUGACUUGGACGGCACGGAUUUCGUUUGGGUUGCGUCGGCCUACGCUCUAGCUUCGACUGCGCUGCUGCCCGCGACCGGUGGUAUGGCCCAAGUAUUUGGCCGGCGACCUUGCAUGCUGUUGUCGCUGGCCUUGUUCGCCCUCGGCAGCGCCCUGUGCGGGGCCGCCAAGACUAUGAACUGGCUGAUUGCAGCUCGCACGGUCCAGGGUGCAGGCGGAGGCAGCAUCAUCGCAAUUACCACAAUAGUCCUCUCCGAUCUAGUUCCAUUGGCCGAGCGCGCGGUGUACAAUGGAUUUUCUGGCAUGACAUGGGGGGUCGCUGCAGGGAUGGGUCCCAUAGUGGGCGGUGCGCUCGCUAAGAAUGGACAGUGGAGGUGGCUGUUCUACCUCAAUCUCCCAUUGACGGCGGUGGCAGGAGCGCUUGUCAUCCUGUUCCUUAAUGUCAAGACACCACAAGGUUCGUUCCGCGAAAAGAUGGCCCAAAUGGACUGGAUCGGUAAUGCGCUCAUCAUCGGUAGCUCCACUGCCGUGGUUAUUGCUCUCACGUGGGGUGGUGUGCAACAUCCUUGGGGCUCUGCGCAGAUAUUGGUACCGCUCAUCAUCGGGCUUCUCGGCCUGUUAUUGUUCUUGCUGUACGAAGCAAAGGUUGCGAAGCAUCCUCUGGUUCCCAUCUCGCUUCUGUCCAACCGCACAAGCUUCAGUGGCUAUGUACAGACGUUAAUAUCGCCCAUUUUGACCUUCUCGCUGCUUUACUUCUUGCCAGUGCUCUUCCAGGCCAGCUGGGGUGCUUCACCCAUUCGUUCCGGAGUCCUGCUCCUCGGGUUCGCUCUGGCUGUCGGCCCGGCUCUCAUCCUCUGCGGAGCGAGCAUAUCGCGGACUAAGACGUACCGAGUGCAGCUCUGGAUCGGAUGGGCGGCCUACCUCGCUGGCACCGGGGUCCUAGCAACGCUGGACGAACGCACCGACAUCGCGCGCGCAACGGGCGGGCAAUUCCUCAUCUCAAUCGGCACUGGCUUAGUGUAUGCUGCCGCAUAUUUCCCUGUACUUGCCCCAAUUCCCAUCACAGCAAACGCACAAGCGCUGGCGUUCUUCCAGUUUCUCAGAUCAUUCGCAUCCGUCUGGGGGGCGACUGUCGGCACGACUGUCCUGCAGACACAGCUGAAGAAGCGGCUGCCGACAGAGUUCGUGAACAUGCUCCCUAAUGGCGUUUCCAUUGCAUACUCCGCAAUUCCUAUCAUCCCGAACCUACCAGAGCCGUUGCACACUGAGGUGCGCGUCGCAUUCGCGGACAGCAUCCGCAUACUCUGGCAAGUUUUCGUCGGCAUCGGUGCCAUUGGUGCCCUGGCAUCACUGUUUAUAAAGGCGCUGCCACUUCACAAGCAGGUCGACGAGAAGUGGGGUAUGGAGGAAAAAGCAGUCCAGGAGAGGGCUGACGAGGAGAAUGCUCAAGUUGCGGCUCUCGAAUCUGAGUCUACCCUCAUUGAGUAAAUUAGAUAGGUCGACCUAGUUCUUUUGGUGCACCACCGCUCACAUUCCUCAUGACAUCAUACUUAUUCG